GGGAGUUGUGUGUUGCCAGAGCAAUGGGUGUAGGAUACUGUGGCAAGACUUUGGUCCACAUACAGUAGUCAAGACCAACUCGACAUAGCUGCUACUAUGACUGGAUAAUGGAAACCCAUCACAACAUGGAUUGCCUCCUCAUGACCAACAGCAUCCUCUGCAUUCUUUGGAAAUGGAGGAUUUGUGAAUACACAGUCGUGCAAUAACAAUGCAUAAUUGACUUGGCUGAGACGUGCAUCCAAUUAUCUUUCCAGCAAUGCACCGUCGGAAUAUGUGCUUGGCACUCUAGUAUUUGACCGUUUCCCCAGCGGGCUCCAGAGAGGUGGGGCUUCCCGGCCUCAGCAGACAAGUGGUCAGGGCGUGCCUCCUCAGAGAGCAAUGUCCCAGCACUCAGCAGCAGCAGGAGGAGAAGCAGGAGCAACACCAGGAGCAGCAUCAACAGCAGGAGCAACAGGAGCAGCAGGAGCAGCAGCAGCAGCAGCAGCAACAACAGGAUCACCAGCAGCAGCAGCAGCAGCAGCUCAACCAUCAGGAGGGGCACGAGCUGCGCCAUCCACUGCACAAUACAAGAAGAAGCAGAGACCAGCCAAGAAGAAGCAACAGCCGCAACAGAAGCAGCAGCCGCAACAGCAGCCGCAGCAGCAACAACAGCCGCAGCAACAGCAGCAGCAGCAAAACCAACAACAGCAAAACCAACAACAACAGCACAGCACCAGAGGAAGCAGCAAGAAGAAGCAGCAGCCACAGCAGCCUCAGCAGCCACAACAGCAAUAG